UUGUGCCGAAAUAUUUAAAUAUUUUAACUUUUCCAAUAUGGCUGGUAAUGAGGCUGGACAUGGUGCUAAUGUCAGAAAUAGAGAUUUGAUUGAUGUGUGGAUAGAAGCACCGAGAGGAAAUAGAAAACAGGUGGUUUAUGAAAAGAUAUUAUCUCUUAUUGAUAUAACAGAUGAACCUUCCAAACAUCUUAAAAGUAAUAUUAUGAAAUGCAGCCAGUUGUUUGGGUUGAAAAUGGCAAAUAAAUGGCAGAAAGUAGGACAAUCUCGGAAUCGACUUUUACAAAAUCAAGUAUAUUGGUUAGACAAGAUUAUAUAUAGAAUAAAUAAUGAUUCUGAAGAAAACACAUCUUCGGAUGAGGAACAAGAACCUCCUUAUCGCUCAGUUGGACGGCCACGGGUGCCAUUUGAAGAGGCAUCGAAGAAAACAAAACGAUCUGCAAAUAAACUUCAAUUUGCUGUAAAUGUCGUUUCUGGAAGCAAUCACAGUGAGGUCUCGCCACAAAUUUUUAGUUUUAGUACAGCUGAAUCUUUAGCCCUUAUGGUAGAUUUGGAUAUAUCCGUUCGUGGGCCUGAAAACAAAGCUAUAGUCGAAGCAAACAAAAAACGAAUCCAAGCAGAGUUCAGAGCCAAGCUGUCUCUAAUAGUUGACAAACCAAAACCCGGGUAUGGCUCCUCAAAUGAUGGCAAUACGUCCAGAAUUUUUUUCCACAAUCCACAAACAAGUUCAGAUAUCACAGGGGUUGACAGGGAAUUAAUCGAGAAAUUUGCGAUCAGCUUAGGAGUGUUAGCUAGUGGUUGCGCUAUUGAUAUGGAAAAGUUUGCGUCAUUGCUGGAAGAAGCAAGAAAUUUGUAUAUCCACCUUUAUAAGUGGUACAACAUGCCAAACACGGUACAUAAGGUCCUUGUUCAUGGGUGUGAGAUAAUUGAUGCAUUUUGCUUGCCCAUUGGAGAACUGUCGGAGGAUGCGCUUGAGGCUCGCCAUAAAGAGGUUAGGAAACGUCGAUUAUCUCACACCAGAAAACGUUCAAGAACAGAUACGAAUAAGGAUCUAAUGCGUGUUCUUUUACUUACUUCUAAUCCUUUUAUAUCCUCAAAAAAAAAGGUGAGCUCAAAAAAAUAUAAGAAAUGCAACGAGGCAGUUCAGAACUAUUUAAAAAAGCAAGAAAAUGAUGAUUUAGGUAUUGACUUAGGUACAAUAACGAAUGACACAGCACCGAGCAAGGAAUCCUAUUCCGAUUAG